UAACAUUAGUUUUGCUUAGAAGAUUCUGGUUUAGAGAGCAGAAAUACAUAAAAAAUACAUAUUAAAUAUCACUUUAAUACAAAAUUGUUAACACCAUUAUUUACUGUUUUGUUUUUUGAACAUUUUUAGCUUCAAGUUAGAAACAGCUUUUUUCUGAUAAAAGGUUGGCAGCACUGUCUAGCUUGUUCAAUGGCGAAGGAAAUACAAUUAAUUCACGAUAUCCUUAAAAUAGCACAAGUAGCUGCCGAUCUGGAGGAUCGGGAUAAAGCUGAGGACCUGCCAUGGAAGGAAAAUGCCCGCCGCAAGGGACACGCACCCAUAAGGACCAUACCUAAGGCGUGUACGUUUACCGAUGAUACAUCUUUACGCGCUCUUCACGGCAUGACCUGGACGGCAUUUGGCAAAUUGCUCAAGCAACUGCGGGGCAGACUGGAUCGGAAAAACCCCACCCUCCUUCCUGCCGAGACGCGCCUACAAAUGGCAUUGAGAUACCUGACAACUGGCGACUCUUUCAGCACCCUUGCCGGCAUCUAUCGUGUGGGUAAGUCGUCCAUUAAAUAUAUUGUUGAAGAAGUCAUCAAGGCCAUAGUGAAGGAGCUAAAGGGAGUCUGCCUGCAGACACCUCAAACUGAGGAGGAAUGGCUGGACGUAGCCAAGCAAUUUGAGGAGCUGUGGAACUUUCCCCACUGCCUGGGAUCUCUAGAUGGCCACCACAUUGCCUUCCGCUCGAAAACGGUCAAGGAUGACAGCUACACCAAUUACAGGCAGUUCCAAAGCAUUAUUAUGCUGGCUCUGGUCGAUGCCCAUCACAGAUUUCUGUACGUUGAUGCCAGCAGUCCAGGCGGAGCAACUGACGCCUUCACCGAUAGCACACUGUACAAUGGUUUGGAGAGCAACCUGCUGAACAUACCACAUGAAAAGCCACUCCUAGGCUUGAAUGAGGAACUGCCCCACGUGGUUCUGGCCGACAAGGGUUUCGAGCUACAGCCCUGGCUGAUGAAGCAGCAUGAGAUUCCCUCGACAAUUGAAAAAAAGAUCUUCAACUACCGCCUGAACCGAGCCCAUCGCGUGGUCGUCAACGCUCUGGGCAUUAUGUCCAGCAGCUUCCGAGCCCUGCAAACCGAAAUCAAGCUGGAGGCGUCCAUGGUGGAGAAGCUGGUGAUUGCCACGAGUAUUCUACACAACUUUCUCGUGCGCGAGGAGCCGGAGUAUCUAAAAGGACUGGAGAAGGAAGACACUGACUUGGUGACCCUGAUACCGGGCGAGUGGCGCAAGAAUUCCCUUUUCAUGGAGCUGGCCCCCCAUGGAGCCCCCAUACAGUUGGAUGGAAGCGAGAACGUGGCCUGCUCAAUCCGUGAUGGAUUCACAAUGUAUGUGAAUGCGUCGGGAGCCGUGCCCUGGCAAAUGGACGCAGUCAACCCCAUGUAGAAUAUUAUACGAGUAAAUAUAAAAAUUAAAUUUAAAUUUAAAAUAUCCACACACGGGGGUUACGUUUCUAGAAAACUUCGUGUUAAGCGAGACAUGGAUUCAAUACAAAAUAAGGCGUUACGUUUCUAGAGUUCCAAAUAGGCAACCAAAAAUGGUUUUACUGUUAAGUUUGAUCUGUUUUUACAUUUUUAAUACUCUCUGUUAAUACUCAACUUACUCUGUGCAUUAAAUAUUUAACAUUACUGAUUUCAAAAUUAGCAAAAAGUUA